AUGACCACGGUUCAAGUCCAAGAGCUGUUCCUGCCUCCAGUGCUGAGUGCUGUCCCUUCUCCUGAGCUCUGCGAGGGGAGCCCGCUGACCCUGAAAUGCCAGACAGAGCUGCACCCCCAGAGGUCGGCCUCUAGGCUCCUCUUCUCCUUCCACAAAGAUGGCCGCACCUUGCAGAACUGGGGCCCCCACUCAGAGCUCUGCCUCCCAGAAGCCCGGGAGGGAGCCUCUGGGCUUUACUGGUGCCAGGCCACCCCUGAGGGUAGCAGGGUCCAGAGACAGAGCCUCCAGCUGGAGGUCGGGGUGCAGGUCCGGGAGAUGCGCUCCCAAGUGCCCUGGGGACCCCCCAGGAGGACAGACCGAAAGCCCCAGAGCCCCUCUCAUGUUCUAGGAAGCCCAGCCCAAGAAGAUGGCAGUCUCACCGCCCUACUCACGGGGAAACUUGUCUUCUUCAUCGGCUUGGGGGCCGAGCAGGUCAACCUCCUGGGGCACGGGGCUGCUGACAUGGGGGCCCUUCUGUGGUCACUCUUGCUCUUGCUGCUCCAGGCAGCCAAAGGGUAUUCUGGAGAUGAUGUGGAUACAGAAGAAGUAGUUGCGGUCUUUCAGGAGUCCAUCAGCCUCCCCCUGGAAAUACCAGCCGAUGAAGAGGUUGAGAACAUCAUCUGGUCCUCUUACGUAAGGCUUGCCACCGUGGUUCCGGGGAAGGAGACACAGCUGGCUACCGUCAUGGUGACCAACCCUCGAUACGAGGGCCGAGUGAGCUUCCUGGACCCCAGCUACUCCCUGCACAUCAGCAAUCUGAGCUGGGAGGACUCAGGGCCAUACCAGGCUCAGGUCAACCUGAGGACAUCGCAGACCUCCACCAUGCAGCGUUACAAUCUACGUGUCUACCGACGGCUGUCGGAGCCUCGUGUCACCGUGAACUUUGAGAUUGCUCAGGAAGAUGGCUGCAAUAUAUCUCUGACCUGUUCCGUGGAGAAGGCAGGCCUGGACGUGACCUACAGCUGGAUCUCCUGGGAGGAUGGCAUGGACACAGUCCACGAGAGCUCUGCCCUCAGCACAUCCUGGCGGCCGGGGGACAAUGCCCUCUCCUACACCUGCAGGGCCAGCAACCCUGUCAGCAGCAUCACCUCCCGCCUCAUCCCUGCCGGGCCCUUCUGUGCAGAUCCCGGCUUUCCUUUGAAGAAGGCGACUUACUUCUGCCUCUUGGCCAAAGGACUGCUUCUUCUCUUGCUCAUCGUAAUUCUGGCUGCGGGGCUUUGGCUCAUCCGAGCCCAGAAACGAUGCCAAAUGCCAAGGAUGAGGAAGCUCAAGAGAAACAGACUCUGACUGAAGAAGAAGAAGAAGCCCCGCCCCAGCCUGGCCUGA